AUGGCUCAGGCGGCCAAACAGCUGAAGAAAAUCAAAGACAUCGAGGCGCAGGCCCUCCAGGAGCAGAAGGAGAAGGAGGAAUCCAACAAGAAGCGGCGCAACCGCUCCCGUGACCGCAAGAAGAAGGCCGAUGCUGCUACCAGCUUCCUGAGGGCGGCACGCUCGGGAAACCUGGACAAGGCUCUGGAUCACCUGCGCAAUGGAGUGGAUAUCAACACCUGUAACCAGAACGGGCUGAACGGCUUGCAUCUGGCGUCUAAGGAGGGCCACGUGAAGAUGGUGGUCGAGCUACUGCACAAAGAGAUUAUUCUAGAAACAACGACCAAGAAGGGGAAUACCGCUCUGCAUAUAGCUGCCCUUGCUGGUCAGGAUGAGGUGGUCCGGGAGCUGGUCAACUAUGGAGCCAACGUCAAUGCCCAGUCUCAGAAAGGCUUUACCCCCCUCUACAUGGCGGCCCAGGAGAACCACUUGGAGGUGGUGAAGUUUUUACUGGAGAAUGGAGCCAAUCAGAAUGUAGCCACAGAAGAUGGCUUCACUCCGCUGGCCGUGGCUCUACAGCAGGGUCAUGAGAACGUGGUGGCUCACCUCAUCAACUACGGGACGAAGGGGAAAGUGCGCCUCCCCGCCCUGCACAUCGCAGCCCGCAAUGACGACACACGGACAGCUGCGGUGCUCCUGCAGAACGACCCCAACCCAGACGUGCUUUCCAAGACGGGAUUCACACCCCUCCACAUUGCAGCUCACUAUGAGAACCUCAACGUGGCCCAGCUGCUCCUCAACAGGGGAGCCAGUGUCAACUUCACACCUCAGAAUGGCAUCACACCACUGCACAUCGCCUCCCGCAGGGGGAAUGUGAUCAUGGUGAGACUCCUGCUGGACCGAGGGGCUCAGAUAGAAACAAGGACCAAGGACGAAUUGACGCCACUCCACUGUGCGGCUCGGAAUGGACACGUGAGAAUCUCAGAGAUCCUGCUGGACCAUGGGGCACCCAUCCAAGCCAAAACCAAGAAUGGCUUGUCCCCAAUUCACAUGGCGGCUCAGGGAGACCAUCUCGACUGUGUCCGGCUUCUAUUGCAAUACAAUGCGGAGAUAGACGACAUCACCCUGGAUCACCUGACUCCUCUCCACGUGGCAGCCCACUGUGGCCACCACAGGGUGGCCAAGGUUCUUUUGGACAAAGGGGCCAAGCCCAACUCCAGAGCCCUGAAUGGCUUCACCCCCUUACACAUCGCCUGCAAGAAAAACCACAUUCGCGUCAUGGAGCUGCUGCUGAAGACGGGCGCAUCCAUCGACGCGGUCACUGAGUCUGGACUGACACCCCUCCACGUGGCAUCCUUCAUGGGACACCUUCCUAUUGUGAAGAACUUACUGCAGCGGGGAGCGUCACCCAACGUCUCCAAUGUGAAAGUAGAGACCCCAUUGCACAUGGCAGCCCGAGCAGGGCAUACCGAAGUGGCCAAAUAUUUGCUCCAGAACAAAGCAAAAGUCAAUGCCAAGGCCAAGGAUGACCAGACGCCGCUUCACUGUGCUGCUCGCAUCGGCCACACAAGCAUGGUGAAGCUCCUCCUGGAGAAUGGUGCCAGCCCCAACCUGGCUACCACUGCUGGCCACACGGCCCUGCAUACCGCAGCCCGCGAGGGCCACGUGGACACAGCCCUGGCCCUUCUGGAGAAGGAGGCAUCCCAAGCCUGCAUGACCAAGAAAGGAUUUACCCCUCUCCAUGUGGCUGCUAAGUAUGGGAAAGUACGAGUGGCCGAGCUGCUUCUAGAACACGAUGCACAUCCCAACGCGGCUGGAAAGAAUGGCUUGACUCCCCUGCACGUAGCCGUCCAUCACAACAACUUGGACAUCGUCAAGCUCCUGCUCCCCCGAGGUGGCUCCCCGCACAGCCCUGCCUGGAACGGCUACACUCCUUUGCACAUUGCUGCCAAGCAGAACCAGAUAGAGGUGGCCCGGAGUCUGCUGCAGUAUGGAGGGUCGGCGAAUGCCGAGUCUGUGCAAGGCGUGACCCCACUGCACCUUGCUGCCCAAGAGGGCCACACAGAGAUGGUCGCUCUUCUCCUGUCAAAGCAAGCCAAUGGCAACCUGGGAAAUAAGAGUGGACUCACUCCUCUCCACCUGGUAGCACAAGAAGGCCAUGUUCCAGUGGCAGACGUGCUGAUCAAACAUGGUGUCACAGUGGAUGCUACCACCCGGAUGGGUUACACCCCGCUCCACGUGGCCAGUCAUUAUGGAAACAUCAAGCUGGUGAAGUUUUUGCUACAGCACCAGGCAGACGUCAAUGCCAAGACCAAGCUAGGAUACAGUCCCUUGCACCAGGCGGCUCAGCAAGGCCACACAGACAUUGUGACGCUGCUCCUGAAGAACGGUGCUUCCCCGAACGAGGUCAGCUCGAACGGAACCACACCUCUGGCAAUAGCCAAGCGUUUGGGCUAUAUCUCUGUAACAGAUGUGCUCAAGGUGGUCACGGAUGAAACCAGUGUAGUGUUAAUCAGCGACAAACAUCGGAUGAGCUACCCUGAGACGGUGGAUGAGAUCCUGGAUGUGUCUGAAGACGAAGGAACCGCUCAGAUAACUAUAAUGGGUGAAGAACUUGUCGGCUCCCAGGCUGCGAGGCGGGACUCCCGGGAUGUGGGUGAGGAGAAAGAGCUGUUGGAUUUUGUGCCGAAGCUAGACCAAGUGGUGGAAUCUCCAGCCAUUCCAAGGAUCCCUUGUGUCACACCUGAGACUGUGGUCAUCAGAUCUGAAGACCCAGAACAGGGAUCUAAAGAGUAUGAUGAGGACUCACUAAUCCCCAGUAGCCCAGCCACAGAGACCUCAGACAACAUUAGCCCCGUGGCCAGCCCCGUCCACACAGGGUUCCUGGUGAGCUUCAUGGUUGAUGCCCGGGGAGGAUCCAUGAGAGGGAGCCGUCAUAAUGGCCUGAGGGUGGUGAUCCCUCCCCGGACAUGCGCAGCACCCACACGUAUCACCUGCCGCUUGGUCAAGCCUCAGAAGCUGAACACACCACCCCCACUGGGUGAGGAAGAGGGCCUAGCCAGCAGGAUCAUUGCGUUGGGACCUACGGGGGCCCAGUUCCUUAGCCCCGUGAUUGUGGAAAUCCCCCAUUUCGCCUCGCAUGGCCGUGGGGACCGUGAACUGGUGGUUCUGAGGAGCGAAAAUGGCUCUGUGUGGAAAGAGCACAAGAGCCGUUAUGGAGAAAGCUACCUGGACCAGAUCCUUAACGGCAUGGACGAAGAGCUGGGGAGCUUGGAGGAGCUGGAGAAGAAACGCGUGUGCCGCAUCAUCACCACUGACUUCCCCCUGUACUUUGUGAUCAUGUCCCGGCUCUGCCAGGACUACGACACCAUCGGUCCUGAAGGGGGCUCCCUGAAGAGCCGGCUGGUGCCCCUGGUACAGGCAACGUUCCCCGAAAACGCUGUCACCAAGAAAGUGAAGCUGGCUCUGCAGGCACAGCCUGUCCCAGACGAGCUGGUGACCAAGCUCCUAGGUAACCAGGCCACAUUCAGCCCCAUUGUCACCGUUGAGCCAAGGCGCCGGAAAUUCCACCGUCCCAUUGGGCUUCGAAUCCCGCUCCCUCCCUCCUGGACUGACAACCCCAGGGACAGUGGGGAGGGAGACACCACCAGCCUGCGCCUACUGUGCAGCGUCAUCGGUGGAACUGACCAAGCCCAGUGGGAAGAUAUAACGGGGACAACCAAGCUUGUGUAUGCCAACGAGUGUGCCAACUUUACCACCAAUGUCUCGGCCAGGUUUUGGCUGUCAGACUGCCCUCGGACCGCGGAGGCUGUAAACUUUGCCACUCUGUUGUACAAAGAGCUCACCGCGGUCCCCUACAUGGCCAAGUUUGUCAUCUUUGCCAAGAUGAAUGACCCCCGGGAAGGACGGCUACGCUGCUACUGCAUGACGGACGACAAAGUGGACAAGACCCUGGAGCAGCACGAGAACUUCGUGGAGGUGGCACGGAGCAGGGACAUAGAGGUUCUGGAAGGAAUGCCUCUGUUUGCAGAACUCUCUGGGAACUUGGUGCCUGUCAAGAAAGCAACGCAACAGCGAAGCUUCCACUUCCAGUCAUUUCGAGAGAACCGCCUGGCCAUCCCUGUGAAGGUGAGGGACAGCAGUCGCGAGCCAGGAGGGUUCUUGUCGUUCCUGCGGAAGGCGAUGAAAUACGAGGACACCCAGCACAUCCUCUGCCACUUGAAUAUCACCAUGCCCCCCUGUACCAAGGGCAGUGGAGCAGAAGACAGGAGGAGGACGCUGACACCCCUGACCCUUCGAUAUAGCAUUCUCAGCGAGUCCCGGCUGGGUUUUACCAGUGAUACAGACCGUGUUGAUAUGAAGAUGGCGGUCAUCACGGAGCACCUCGGCCUCAGCUGGGCAGAGCUGGCCCGGGAGCUACAGUUCACCGUGGAGGACAUCAACCGGAUCCGCGUAGAAAACCCCAACUCCUUGUUGGAGCAGAGCGCAGCCUUGCUGACCCUCUGGGUGGCCCGAGAAGGCGAAAACGCGAAGUUGGAGAAUCUGUAUGCAGCCCUGCGGAACAUCGACAGAAGCGAGAUUGUUAACAUGCUGGAGGGCUCCGGCAGGCAGAGCCGCAACCUCAAACCUGACCGGCGGCAUGGGGACCGGGACUAUUCAUUGUCACCCUCCCAGAUGAAUGGUUACUCCUCGCUGCAGGACGAGCUGCUGUCCCCCGCCUCCCUGCACUACGCACUCCCCUCUCCACUGUGUGCAGACCAGUACUGGAACGAAGUGGCUGUCAUAGACGCCAUCCCCCUGGCGGCCACGGAGCAUGACACCAUGCUGGAGAUGUCUGACAUGCAGGUGUGGUCUGCGGGCCUCACACCCUCCCUGGUCACUGCUGAGGACUCCUCUCUGGAGUGCAGCAAGGCCGAGGACUCUGACGCCACGCAAGAGUGGAAGUUGGAGGGGGCACUCUCAGAGGAACCGCAGGGCCCGGAGCUGGGCUCUCAGGACCUGGUGGAGGACGACACAGUGGAUUCAGAUGCCACAAAUGGCCUGGCUGAUUUGCUAGGUCAGGAGGAAGGUCAGAGGUCAGAAAAGAAGAGGCAGGAGGUCUCAGGCACAGAGCAGGACACGGAGGCUGAGGUGUCUCUUGUUUCAGGCCAGCAGCGAGUUCACGCCCGAAUCACAGACUCACCCACAGUGAGGCAGGUGCUGGACACAAGCCAGGCCAGAACACUGGACUGGGAUAAACAGGGCUCCAUGGUGCCCGAUCUUCAAGAAGCUGCACAUAGUUCCUGGCAAGAGGAGGUCACACAAGGCCCGCACUCACUCCAGAGAAAGAUCACCACCAUCCAAGGGCCGGAGGCCAGCACGCUUCAGGAAUAUGAGCAGGUGCUGGUGUCUGCAAGGGAGCAUGUGCAGAGGGGCCCACCUGGGACUGAGAGCCCCCAGGCUGGCAAGGAACCAAGCGUGUGGGCAUCCGAGAGCACCUUCUCUCAAGAAGUACAGGGGGAUGAGCUUCAGAAUAUUCCAGGGGAGCAGGUGACGGAGGAACAAUUCACAGACGAACAGGGCAACAUUGUCACCAAGAAGAUCAUUCGCAAAGUCGUCCGGCAGGUAGAUUCCUCCGGUGCCAUCGACACCCCGCAGCACGAGGAGGUGGAGCUAAGAGGGAGUGGACUACAGCCGGACCUGCUAGAGGGCAGGAAGGGGGCUCAAAUAGUGAAGCGGGCCAGCCUGAAAAGGGGCAAACAGUGA